GUAUCCGCUCAAAUCAACGAAAUGACCGCAUUUCAGCAAACUUUGUAUGAUCUAGAGAGAAGGCAUCAGACAAUGAAACUGCAUAAUGAAGAAGAAGUGGCUCGUCUGCGGAGAGAGUUAGAAGUCAGAGGAAUAUCUAUUCCACUUCCCACUCAAAUGGCAGCACCGUCUGGAAGUGCAGCUUCGGGUGGUUCUAAUAUAGGCCAAUCUGGCUCUGGUGGUCCGCAUUCACUGCAGGAUUCUCGCAAUCCAGUAGGGCAUCGUCCUCCUUCUACUUCUCAAAUUCAUCAACAGCAACAACAACAUAUGCUGCAACACCCUCAUAAACAGCUACAGCAUUCCCAUCCGCAACAAAUGACCAAGGCGGGAUUCCCAGAAGGUGUUCCACCACCUGUACUUUCCCAACCACGUCAGACCAACGGUGUCUUUGGCGCGUUAAUGGGCGGUCCACCACAAGAUCCACCUACUACUGGUUAUAUUGACUUUGAAGCGCGCAAGUCUUCUGAAGAAGGAAAAACCAGUGGUGAUGACUUUGCUUGCUUUAUCAAUCCUAUUCAUGCCACAGCUUUAAAGAUGCCCUUGCACGUUGAGCCAUUGAAAAUGUUUAAUCUUCACAGCGUCGUUUGCUGUGUUAAAUUUUCUCCUGACGGUCGAUACCUUGGUAUUGGAUGUAGCAAAAGUGCCGAGAUCUACGAUGUUCAAACUUUUCAACGUGUUUGUAUGCUUACGGAUGACACAACUCGCAAAGAUUAUUAUAUUCGCUCUGUUGUGUUUUCCCCAGAUGGCCGUUUUGUUGCUUCCGGAGCCGAGGACCACUUGGUUCGAGUCUGUGAUAUCGAGCAGCAGUCCAUUAAACUUAGACUUCCUGGUCAUCAUCUUGAUAUUUAUUCUAUUGACUGGUCUAACGAUGGCAAAUUUAUUGCUUCUGCCAGUGGAGAUCGGACCGUUAAGAUUUGGGAUCCAAUUACUGGUGCUUGUAAAAUGACUCUAUCGUGCGAUGACGAUCAACCCCAAAGCUCUGCUUCCGGUGACGCACCAAAGGAUUCUGGCCUUACCAGUGUUGCAAUUCGUCCGUCAGAUAGCCGUUGCGUUGCCGCAGGUGCUAUUGAUGAUACUAUUAGAUUAUGGGAUGCUUUGACAGGUCAGCUUUUAGAGCGCUUUGUUGGACAUCAAAAUUCUGUUUAUGCGGUAGCAUUUUCUCCUACCGGACUUUCACUUGUUUCAGGUUCUCUAGACAGGAAUCUGCGUGUUUGGGAUAUUUCAGCAGAAACUGAGCAAUUCCUUAAAAGCGGCGUAAUUCCCACUCCUGCCGAGAUUGCCAAGCGUCACUCGGUCGUGAAUUCAAAGCCACGUCAUCUUUUCCGUGGACACAAGGAUUUUAUUUUGUCCGUUGCGUUUCCAGGAAAAGGCUCAUCACUGGAUUGGAUUGUCAGUUCCAGUAAAGAUCGACAUGUGACACUCUGGGAUGCGUCCCUUGAUGGGACCAAUCCCUUUUCUGCUCCUGUUGCUCUGGUUUCUGGUCAUAGGAACUCGGUCAUUAGUGUUGCAGUAUCUUCUGUUGGUGGACUGCUUGCAACAGGAUCUGGAGACAUGCGGACACGUUUGUGGCGUGUUAGCUGCGACACAUCUGCCAGCGAUGUCCCACCUUCAGCCGAAGCGUAUGCUAAAGCCGCCGGUAUCUCCAAACCCGAAUCUGCUGUUAAAACUGAAGGUAUGUCUGCAAUGACAAAUAAUGUCUACCAGCAUGACUGCUGA